AUGAAACUCCAUUUUCUACUCUUCAUUCCCAUUAUUUUUUUACCUUUGGUUCAUUCUACCCACCACGAUUACUCCGACGCAUUAUCGAAAUCGAUUCUGUUUUUCGAGGGGCAGCGUUCGGGCGUUUUACCAAGAGACCAACGUAUGCAAUGGAGGGCCGAUUCAGGGUUGAGCGAUGGCCGUUCGAUAUACGACACGGACUUAACCGGCGGAUAUUACGACGCCGGCGAUAACGUCAAGUUCGGUUUUCCCAUGGCUUUCACGACCACGAUGUUAGCUUGGAGCGUGAUUGAGUUCGGGGAAUUAAUGCCGCCCAAUGAACUGAGAAAUGCACUUGUGGCGAUCCGUUGGGCUACUGAUUAUUUGCUUAAAACUAUCUCGCAGCCUAACCGGAUUUUCGUUCAGGUUGGGGAUCCAUAUAUGGACCAUAACUGUUGGGAAAGACCCGAAGAUAUGGACACUGCGAGGACUGUUUACGCCGUGGAUGCACCGAGUCCGGCUUCCGAAGUGGCGGCAGAGACGGCGGCCGCUCUGGCAGCUUCGUCAAUGGCGUUCAGAUCAGUGGACCCAUGGUAUGCCGAGACGUUGUUACGGAGUUCUGAUCGGAUUUUUCAAUUUGCUGACAACUUUAGAGGUGCUUACAGUGACAAUGCUCAUAUCCGAGACGGUGUCUGCCCAUUUUACUGCGAUUUCAGCGGCUAUCAAGAUGAAUUGCUUUGGGGAGCAGCAUGGUUAAGGAGAGCCUCGCAAGACAACUCUUUCCUUAAUUACAUCGAAAAAAAUGGCAAAACCCUUGGUGCCGAUGACAACAUUAAUGAAUUUGGAUGGGACAACAAGCAUGCUGGUCUAAACGUCCUUGUCUCCAAGGAAGUCAUAGAAGGAAAUAUGUACAAUCUACAAUCAUACAAAGCCUCGGCCGAUAGCUUCAUGUGUUCAUUAAUCCCCGAUUCAUCUUCAUCCCAUAUCGACUACACCCCGGGUGGCCUCAUCUAUAAGCCCGGAGGCAGCAACUUACAACACACAACGACCAUUUCGUUCCUCCUCCUUGUUUACGCCAAUUACCUCGAACGUACUUCGCAAACGGUUAAUUGUGGAAACCUCAUUGUCUCGCCAUUAUCUCUUCGGACCAUAGCCAAGAAGCAAGUCGAUUACAUUUUAGGUGAUAAUCCAAUGGGACUAUCAUACAUGGUUGGGUAUGGCAAUCAGUUUCCGCAACGGAUUCAUCAUCGUGGCUCGUCGUUACCGUCGUUGAAAGAUCAUCCCGAGUUCAUAGCUUGCAAGGAAGGUUCCGAUUAUUUCAAUUCAACUAACCCUAACCCAAAUGUUUUUGUUGGUGCCAUUGUUGGAGGGCCGGGUGAAGAUGAUGUGUAUGGGGAUGACAGAGCUGAUUUUAAGAAGUCGGAGCCGACUACUUACAUUAAUGCACCAUUUGUUGGCGUAUUAGCCUUUUUUGCGGCUAAUCCCAAUCUUAGCUAACGUGAAACCCAAGCCACCUUUUGUACAUAGUUAAUGUUCUUUUCUCCCUUUCUCUUUGGGAAUUUUGAUGAAGAAGACUCAUCUCGAGUGAAGCAAAAGAGGGUAGAGACCCC